UCAUGGAUUAACCAUAGAAAGAAGCUCUCUGUAUUCAUGUGCAUUAUCAUAGAAUGGGAUCAAAUUAAAGAUGAAGAAUCCUAGCCACAAUAGCCAGAGUAAAGACAUUACACAAGUAACAAACCUAAACCCAAAAUGCAAUCGAGAGGAGAGAUUGAAAGAUUAAUUGAUGAAUGUCCUGAUGAGGAAAUUUUACUCAACAUUGUAAAAUGCCAUUUUGAUGCUACCAUUGAAGAAGUGAAAUUAGCUUUUCCAAAUUUUGAAUUCCUUAAAGUUGAAAAUUACAAUCCUGGAAGUUUUAGCUUGCUUUUCAAGAAUAAGGAAUAAGCCAAAGAAUUCCUAUUCACAACCAAGGAAACUGUAUAAACCCAUCUUCUAUCAUCAGAAAAUUAAAGACAGAGGCUUUUGGAUAAAAUUCCCACCUAGAUUUUAGAAGUCCUCAUAGAAAUUACCAGAUAAUGUGAAUAAAUAAAAUCCAUUACCAGCAACAGGCAACAAAUAUUAAGAUGCUCCUUAGAAGAAUAAAGAUCAAUAUAACAGAAAAGGUAUACAUUAUAUAAAAAUUUGUAGAGCAUGAUGGAAAAUAAUUCAAUAGAAGUGAUGGAUAGAAGAACUAUAAAAAGAAGGACGAGGAAGAUGAUGUAAUCAUAGUAUAAUUAAAAUAAGGGUUGGGAAACAGUAAUGCCACAUAGAAUGCCAAAACAAUUUAAACCAUACAGAAAACCUUAAUAAUAAUAAUAAUAAUAAUAAUAAUAGGGAGUUAAGAAAAAUUGAG